GUAUAACGUGUACGUACGUACGACGUACAUUGUGUAUAUGCGAAAAACAUAAAGACCGUUUAAUAAUUGUGUAUCGACAAUUCGACAUCAAUAUCAUCCGCAAAGUGUGAGGCAAAGGCCGAGAAUGAAUUUUCGUUUUAUUGGAUUAACCGACCACGACAGCUGAUAUAAGGAUAUAAACAGGGAUUUUACACCACUGAGAGUUCCACCAACACAUCUAAAAUGGAACCCCGGAGUAGGGAAGAGGAUAGAUUGAGGUUACAUGGGGCGAUUCAAGAUUGGAAUGCUACUCGGAUGGACCUGUUUGAAAUUUCGGAUCCUGAUAUGAAUCUGGAAUUUCACGGAGUGAUGCGAUUCUUUUUCCAAGAUGGAACCGACAGACAGUCCAACUCCAAGUGCAUACGAGUGUCGAGCACGGCUACCAACCGAGAUGUCGUCAAUACGCUCAUUGAGAAGUUUCAUCCUGACAUGCGUAUGCUGUCCAUCCCAGACUAUUCUUUGUUUGAACUGCAGAGGGACAUGGAUGAUCGUCAGCUACAGGAGGAGGAGAGACCACUGUACGUGCAGCUCAACUGGACCAAAGAUCUCAAGGAAGGACGCUUUCUGCUCAAACAGCUCAAUGACCCCACUAAGCUUGACUACUUCAAAGAAGAUGGCAAGGGUCAGAACUUUGAGAAGAAUUCAUCCAAACGCCUGUCCAAGAGAGAGAAAAAGGAACUGAAGAAAGAGAGAAAAAAAGCCCAACUAAGGGGCGAGGACAGAGCUUACGAUAAAGUCAGUUCUUCCAACUUCACCAGGACUAUCUCAAACCCAGAGAACGUGCUCAAACGCAAGCGUCAACAGAAACAGGAUCAGCUGGAGAAGUUUAAGCACAGACCUGAAUCGGGUGGAGCCUUUAAGGUGUUCGCCCACACAACCUUUCCAGAGGUUCCUUACAAGACUCUGCUCAUCUCCAUAAACACCAAUGCAGCAGAGAUCGUCAGGGAGUCCCUGGAAAAGUUUGGAGCCCAGAAGGCCAAUCCUGCUGACUACUGUCUUGCAAAGGUUGUCGUACCACCGGGUCGUAGCAUUGAUGAUUACAGCACAGAAAAUUUCCAGGAAGCCGUCUUGGAUGAGGAUGAAUACCCAAUGGACGCCGUCCUGAGAUGGCCUGAGAGUAGAGGUGAGCUUGCGUUUGAGUUGAAAAGAAAGCCUGCAGACCACAUUCCUCGUCUCAAGAGACCUGGGAAGAACAGGAUGGAUGACAGUUUCCAGGAUCCCAACAACAUCCCCCCAGAAAGACUGCCAUACUUCCUAGAACUUAAUAACGAUGGUACAGAUAUCAUCGACUACAAGCCCAAACACUACAGGCUCCAGAGUGAUGUCACGGAGGUGGGCAGUCAGCGUGAUCCCCCAGGCUCUGGACCAUACCUACAGUUUGUAGCGCCAGACAUCCUGCCCCGCCACUGCGUCAUGGCCAAGAUGGAAGGCGUGGUCACGGUCACGCCCUCCUGUGCUGAAGCCGAGAUCUACGUGGUCGGUGAACCGAUCUACGAGACCACCAUCCUGCAGCACGGGGCACUAGUGCAGUUCGGACGGCAGUACACCUUCCGAUUCUGUGAUCCACAAGUGGAAGACCCGGACUGGGAGGAUAGAAAUAAAUCGCACGUUGAGACGACCUUUGAUGCUGAUGGUAGCAUCGAGACAUACGGAAGCAAGCAGGAAAAGAUCAUCACACGCAACCAUGCACAGAGUUAUGAGACCACAUUCGACUCAGCUGGCCACGUAGCCACCCAUACAGGGCGGCACCCACAGGCUCGUGAUCCAAACACUGAAGUGCUGCCGCUGAGCUUGGAGUUCAGAGAUACAGGUGAAGACACCUUCUUUGACGUGGUAGUGCGACAGGUGAAUGGAGCCCAGAUCUACUUCAAGCUUGCCCCGACGUAUGCCCUCUAUCUUGCAUGUCGUUACCGUCUCUCCAAGCUCUACCGGCCAGAGAUGGGUCCCACAGAGAGGGCCCAGCGACUCUCGGCCUUCCUCAACAAAAUGGCAGACAUCAUUGACAGGACCGUCGAGGAGGAAUCUCAGGUGGCAGGAGCCUUGACCUUCUGGUUGGCCAAUGUCUCUGAGCUCCUUCACUUCAUCCAAGCUGACCGGGACAUCGGUGGCAUCUCACAUGACGCUCAGGACAUCCUUCAUACGUGUGUCCAGAACACCUUCAGGCAUCUUGUGAGAGCCAUGCAGCUUGAGCUCAACAAGAACCUCUCUGCAUUCCUCGACCCCAGCGACGAAGCCGACGUUGAGAAGGACCUCAUUGCUGACGAGGAUGGAAAGAGCGUUGAGAACGGGCGCUGGAUGAGGCCCCCUUCACGAAGCCCAAUGAGUGGCCGCCCAACAAUAGGCGACGUUCUUCAGAUCCUCUCCUCGGCCAUGACCCUCCUGCGCGUGUGCCGCGUCAAUGCUGCCCUAACCAUCCAGCUCUUCUCGCAGCUCUUCCACUUCAUUGGGGCGGGGCUCUUCAACCGCCUGGUCUCCUCCCCGCGCCACGCUAACCUCUGCACCCAGGAGUGGGGCCACAGGCUGGUGAGGCGUCUCUCCAGGGUGGUCGCCUGGGCUGAGAAGCAAGGGCUGGAGGUGGCAGCAGAAACCCACUUCCAGAAGCUCAAGCAGGCCCUAGAGUUGCUGACCUCAUCCAAGGAGAAUUCUAACCAGCUCAAUGCUGCCAUUCAUAACGGCUGGAUGCUCAACUCUCGUCAGAUGAAAGCUAUCCUGGAUAACUACAUCCCUCCUAAGGGCUCCAUCCAGAUUCCGCCUGAAGCCAUUGCUAAGGCCACCUCCAUGGCAGCCUCCGAGGAGGAGCUACAGGCCCAGCGUGAGGGUCAUCCCAUCCUGAUAGAGGAGGAGAGAGAGCUGAGGGUACCGGCCUUCCUACCCGACGACGGCUACUCCAGUGACAUCAUCAAGGGGGUCCCCAACGGCCUGGGCGAGUUCUUCAACCCACUCAUCCAAGCUGCUCAAGUGCGUCUGACCCCUCACCCGAAGGCCAAUGGUACAUGGACUGUUCACAUGAAUGGCAACCAGCCAUCCAUCCUGGAUUCGCCUGCUCCCUCCUCCCCUCAGACUCCGCAGCCCCCUACCUCCCAACAACCAGGGUCCGCGCCACAUCUUGAGCCUCAAGUGAAAGCUGAUGCUAAGCCAGCCGGCAAUGAGCCGGAGGUCUACACAAUACAGCUCAACAAACAUGGAAAGCCAGGCAUGGGGCUGAGCAUCAUAGCAGCCACUGGAGCUGGUCAGGAAAAGAUUGGUAUCUAUGUGAAGGCUGUUGUGCCCGGAUCAGCUGCUGAUGUGGAUGGUAGAGUGAAGGCUGGUGAUCAGAUCCUCGCUGUAGAUGGCAACAGCUUACUGGGGUUGGAUCAGGACGCGGCUGCCCAGUUUCUGGUCAAGUCUGGUCAGAUUGUGGAGAUGACCAUUGCCAAGCAAGGAGCCAUAUUCCAUGGUUUGGCUCAGAUCCUCAGCCAGUCAACACCACCACAACAAAGAGCUUACAAAGGAGAACGUCAGCCCCGCCCUGUCAGUGAAGAUUUAUCAGGGCGUUCCGGUACCCUCCCCCCUGGCAUGGGUGCCCCUAGGGAGUCCAUGGAACCUAGGGGGACCGCCACCAUGCCCAGGGGGAUGAUUGGCGUGCCCCUUGUUGGCCUGAGAGAAGCCGAUAAGGCCCGGUCCUCCCCCAAUCUUGCCGAGGAGAGACCUCCAGAACGAGGGAACUACAUGCCGAUGACGAGCAGCAACGGUAGGGAUGACUAUCCCCGCCAUGGCUCUGUCAGUAUGAGGCCAGAACCCAGGAGUCGCAUGGAGGCAACUCCUACUCCACCAAUCUCACAAAGGUCCAAGUCGGUUUCCCACCUGGACCCAGAACCCAUGGAGCAUGAGCAACAGAGACCAGUCAAGUCCACAGUGGACCUGUCUCAAAAGAGAGAUGAGCAGCCAUACAGAGGCCAUGCUCCUAGAGAGGAACCACCCUUCAGGAGGGAGGAAGACCCACGCAUGCGCCCUGGAACGCCUGAGAAAUCACUAGAGAGUUUUGACCAGGAACCGUACAGGAGGCAGCCAGGAUCUAGACCAAGUGAUCCUAGGAGGGAGUCUCCAGAUCCCCGAGGGCCUAUCCCUCAGCAGAGAUCUGGUCCCAAUCAGAUAAAGCCUUCCCCUCAGCCUCGCCAAGUGCAACAGCAGAUGCAGCACCUGCAGCAGCGUCACAGAGGACCAUCACCCCAGCAUCCUGGACAGUUUCCUCAAGGUCCAAUGGGUCCUAGAGGUCCUAUGCAGAGGAUGCCGAUGCCUCAGUCACAAUAUCCUCCAGGUCAACACCCUGGCAUGGGGCCUAGAGGACCGCCACCCCAACAGCGCAUGCCAGAUGGAGCUAUGCAACAGCCCCCUCCUAACAGGUAUGGUCCUCCACCCGGUGGGUUCAGAGUAGGACCUCAAGGAGAAAUACAGAGGCAAGCUCCACCACAAGACUCAAGGGAUAAUUAUGGCAUGCCACCACGUCAGAGGAAUCACAGCCAAGGUGAUAUGAUUGAUGAUGUGCCAGAGCCAAGAGCGAGGGUUUACAGUGAAGGAAAUGUAUUGAGGGGUCCUGAGCAUCCAAUGGACAAGCGAUAUGAAAACCAAACAAAUGGACCCCAGGCAGCCCCAAGAAUGGUGGAUCAACAAAGGCAAUAUGCUCCUAAGGGUCCACAAAGGGCUGACUUACCACUACCGCCUCCACCACCAGAUCAUUCAGCUUCCCAAGGGCCAGGAAAUGAUGAACUCCCUCCCCCACCACCUCAGCAAAUGGAUGACGAGGAGGAAUACCGUCGUUGGCAGGAGAGGAGAGCCAAUAGGAUGGGAGAGGAUCCAUCAAGACAGUCACCGAAUUCCGGUUUUGCUUCUCUACCUCGUCAAGGGCGUAUCAACAGAUCAUCCUCCCUCACCCGUGAUACGCUUCCAGUGGGAAGUGAAAGCCAGCCAAUUCCUCCCCAGCAGAAGCCACCCCUAGGACCCAAACCUGUUCCUCCACCUAUGCCUCCAGAAAGGACCAAUGCCUCAGCAGAAGCUGCCCGAGGAUCCUUAGACAGGAGAGCUCCUAACCCUUCAAAUGAGAGAUAUGAACCUCCAAGAGCAAAUCUUGAUCAGUCGACCCGCUCCAUUCCAGGCAUUAAUUCUGCUGGAUCAGCAUCUCUCUCAUCAAAGAGCUCUCCUUGGGAUAGAGAGGAGAAAGAACGUCAAGAGAAGCGACUUGAGGAACAGGUUAGGCAGAUGAGAGAUGAUGAAGUUGAUUAUAUGUCUUCUUUGCCUUCUCUUAAUCCUGCUCAACAAGAGAGAUUGAACAAGAUGAAACUUGACCAGCAAUUCCAGCAGCGCCUUGAAGAGUCCAUGAGGGACAACGAAGAUGAUGAUGAUGAAGAUGAAGAUAUAUCCAAGAACCCAGAAUUUCAGAAUCAAAUGGCGAUGGCAAAUCGAAGUGCAGAGAUCGCAGCACAAAAGACAAGGGAGCAGCAGCUUGAAAGAGAGAGACAGGAAGAAAUAGAUAAUGACAUGAGGAAAAAGCAGGAGAUGAGAGUUCAGGAACUUCAAAUGCAGAGGCAACAGGAACGUCAGAGAGAAAUGGAGUCGCAGAGGCAACAGGAGCUUCGUACACAACAAGAAUUUCAAAGAAAGCAAGAGAUGCAGCGUCAGCAAGAAGUGCAAAGGCAGCAAGAAUUGAGGCAACAAGAAAUGAACAGACAGAAGGAAGCUCAAAGACAACAAGAAUUACAAAGACAACAGGAAAUGCAGAGGCAAGAGGACAUGCGAAGACAAGAGGAAAUGCGAAGACAAGAGGAAAUGCGAAGAAAGGAGGAAAUGCGAAGAAAAGAGGAAAUGCGAAAACAGGAGGAAAUGCGAAGGCAGGAUGAAAUGCAGAGACAACAAGAAGAGCAAAGGCAGCAAGAGUUGCAGCGACAGGAGGAAGAGAGACAAAGACAGCAAGAGGUUGAAAGGAGGUCACAGCAGCAGGUAGAAAUGAGCGCUCAGAUGGAGUUGAAGAAACUACAAGAGGAACGAGCAAAGUGGAUGAAAGAACAGGAAGAACUAAGGCGUCAAGCAGAUGAGGAACGUAGAAAAUAUGAAGAAAUGAAGAGAUUACGUGAGCAAGAGGAAGAGAUGCAGAGAAGGCAUCAUCAGCAGCGAUUGGAGUUUGAGAAACGGGAAGCUGAAUUGGAGCAGGAGAGAAGGCGCUUAGAGCAGAUAUCGUUUAGUGGCCAACAAGGCCAGAUGAAUGAUAUGAAUUCCUCCAUGACACGACCAGGUCAGACCAACAUGGUCCAUGCGACUGUAAGUGCAGGUUAUGUCCCAGGACCGAACAGACCUUACGUGCAAGCAGCACCACCAGAAAGGCCACCAACGGAUGGAUACAGUAAUGUGGAUGCAGCAUCUAUUAACAAACCAAAACCAUUCAGGAAGGGUCCUCCUCCUGUGGCUCCAAAGCGUGUGACCUUCCGACCAGGCCAGCGCUCAAGCACAUCUGUAGAUCCCCUUAACAACCUAGGAUCAGCAGGUGACAGAGGAUCCAUCAGUUCUCAACAGAGCGUCGGUUCCAAUAAUUCAGGUGGUGCACCAGCGCCACAGCCCCAACCAUCCAGCUUUGGUAAUGGCUACACCAAUAACUUCCACACAGCUCCUGUGGGCAACUACAUGCAUAACCAUAAUCCAACACCUCCUCCACCACCACCACCUGCUACUGAUAGCAAUGACCUAGGAUACAGUACCCCACCACAGAAUGGUCCGCCACCUGUCUAUCGCACCGGAAACACCCCAGGGGUGAUUGGCGCUCAAGAGGUUUACAAUGACCCAAGAGACAAGAGAUUAGCCAAGCAGCAACUGCAGCCUAAGGCCACCACACCAGACAUGAGGAACAUGUCCUUCAGGGAUAAGAUGAAACUCUUCUCUGAAUCCACUCCAGACUCAAAACCAAGAACCUCCAAGUGGGAACGGGAGUUCAUCGCAAUGAACCCUAACCUUCACACCCCAUAAUAAUGCGGAACAGACUGGAAUCAUUGAACAUGACCCAAUUCAUUCGGCUAUGCUGAACUUUCCAAGAGAAUGGGCACUGUUGCAUGAUCAUCAAUGACAUUAAACCUAUGCAAAAGCAGCAGUUGUCUAAACCUGAGAGCAUGUGUGUCUCAUGUGAUUAUUAAAAAAAAUACUCUGCUGUAAAUACCCAACCACAGGAGGAGUGCUGAAAAGUGGAAACAAAUUUCAAGCCCAACUUUUAGGAAUGCUAAAUAAUUGAACCUGUUAUUAAAUAUUUUAGUGCUACUCCCUUUUUUUGAAGUUUUAUUAAAACUAAGACCUUUUGAUUGCUAAUCAUACGUGUGAUGUUUAUAUAGAAAGUAAUGCAUAUUUUAUAAUCUCUCCUGUUUCCUCCUAUAGAUACAGGUGUAAAUAUAUAACAAUAAGUUUGUCAGGAGUUAUGUUGGUCUUUUAAACAUUUUCAAAAAGGAAAAAUUGAAUUUUUAAUUUCAUAGUUAAAUAUAUCUUUUUAGAAAUAACAGAAAUUGCAUUAUACGUAUUACAGGCACCUUUUCUACAUAGUUAGCAUACUUGUAGUUUUAAAAAAAAACCCAUUUUUAUUUCUUGUUUUCUUUUGUUGCAGCCAUUGUACUAUCGUAAAUUACGUUGCAGAAAUUCUUGUGGUUUUGUUUUGUUGUGUAUUGUUUUUGCUAUUGGCAGACUGCCUGAUACCCUUAAAUUAAUGAUUGUUGUGAGUUUAUGCCAACGGCAUUGCUGAUGAAGUCUACACCAAGUUUUUAAAAUGGAGGCAUCAAUUUGGGCCAAGUAUUUUCCUUUUGUUUUUAAAUAAUUCAUAAUUCAUAUUUCUUUCAUUAGAAACUCUGUCUCAUCUAGUCUCAUCUAGUUGUUACAUGAACAUAUGUUCCCCCAACAUUAUUUAAUGAACACUGGUAUAACAAGCUGAUAUUGCAGGUCCUAUCUCUCUGUAGUCUAUUGGUUUUUAGCCCUGACAUAACAAGAUUGCAUUGUCACUGGUAGUUUCUGACGUCUCGGUAAUGAAGUUCUACUGUAUUUUAGCUGUCAGGCCUCCAGUUCCCACAUUUUGUUCCAAUAAACAUUUGUUGCUGUUCUUAUUCAUAGGUUUGUACGCCUGUCUCUGCACUUUACACAAUGUCUUAAAACAAGCUAUGUUAUCCAGUAAUUGAUGUACAAUGUAGGAAAAUAGGAACCUGUACAUGUCUUUUUGUUUUAUGCUUACAGAUGUUUCUUUUCUCUUUUUCUUCUCCUUUACUUUUCUCUUUUUCUUCUCUUUUUCUUUUCUCUUUUUCUUCUCCUUUUCUUUUCUCUUUUUCUUCUCCUUUCUUUCUUUCUUUCUUUUCCCUUUUCCUUUCCUUUUGUUUCUUCUUUCUUCUUUGUUUUAAAGAAUAUACAUGUACAUCGUGCAUUGUAUGAUUUUCAAGGGUGCUGUACAAAGUUUAACUAUCUUAUCAAUUGUUAAUAUUAUUUUGCUUUUGUUGUUGUCCAUACAUCAACGCUGUAACUGCAAUAGUAACACAUUUCUUAACAUGGCUUAUAGGAAUCAAAACCUCUCUGCCACUAUCUGAUUCUAUUUAUACUGGUACUGUGUAUACAUUAAAUCUCUCUAGAACGGUGGUAAGUUUAAUUCUUAUUUAACUAUUUUCUGUUAUUCCUGCAGAAAAAAAAUUGAAUGAAAUAAUGUUUCCUCAAAUGGGCAUUUCAAAUAUAUAUACAUUUAUUGAGGUAAAAGUUGGAAAUCGUAUAUAUCAAUAUCUUUAUUUUUCAAUGGGUAUAAAUGUAUGUGGUGCUGGUAAUCAUUGCAUUGAGUACAUGUAUACAGUGCUGUGUUUUAACCAUUAGAGUGUGGUACACUUUUUUCUUCUUCAUAAUCAUUUUGGGUGGGAGGAUACAUUAAGUUCAGUGUGCAUUUUUUUUUAUUUCAAUGGAAAUGUUACUAACACCAAUGUCUAGAGAAAUAUUGUGUUUACUAUUCAUUGUAUUUCAUUUAUCCUCAAGCUGAUCAUUACCGUUUGUUGAUUCAAACUCACAUCGUCUAGAGGUAUUAAUUUGAAUGAUAAAAAGGGGAACCUUGUAGUUUUUAUGUUUACAAAACAGUAGAAAAUUAGGUAUUCCUACCUUUCCACGAGCCAUUGUAUUAUGUCUCUUGUACAUUUUUGGAGGGGAAAUGUUUAUUUUUAUUAUGUUUAUUACUAUUAUUUAUCUUUUAUUAUUUGAGUUUAGUUGUGAAUAUACAUGUACUUGUAACAUUUAUGCUUCCAAACAAGGAUUUCUACCUUGAAAUAUGAUAAUAAUGAAUUCUUGUGUAGAUUUCAAUAAUUAUGAUUAACUAUUUUUUUGUUUUUUAACUCUCCUAGGAAAUUAAGUUAUAUCAAUUUGUGAAAAUUCUUGCUAGUAUGGAAGUACAAUAAAUUUCCAUGUAAAUACAUGUUUGAUUUUUGUAAUAUAUGAAGAAAAAAAAACAUAGUUCUAUUUUCAUUUAACACUGAUAUGUGUCUGUUCAAGCUGAUUUAAGCAAAGGGAUGAAAGAAAGUGUAAAGUAGUAAGGUUCUUUAAAGUAGUAAAUUUCUUCAAACUUUUAAUUCUGUUCAGCAGUGUUCUAAAACGCAUGUACAUACGGUUUGCAUUUGUUUUGCGUGUACAUAUUCAAAUAUUAGCCAUCCAAAUAAACUGCUUUUUUGUCUUCUUUUCUUUUUCUUUUGGUACCUUGUGACAUUUUGUUCACCUGAUGCCUUCAGAUGCUCUGCUCACUUCUAUCAUCUUCUCAAAGUGAUGAAUAUAUAUAUUUAGAAUUUAUUUAUCUACUAUUUGUUUCCCUUCUUUUCCUCACUCGCACCCUUAUCAAGUCUGCAGUUUAAUAUACAUGUCUGUAAAUAAUAUCCACUUAAAUUUACUCAUUUAUUUUGAUGUUGAUGCCAUUGAUCUUGGCUGGUAUAUGAAAAACAAUGCAAGUCUGUUUGACAAGCUACAGUUUUUUAAUGUCUUAUCUGUUUGGAGCCAAAAGGUCGUUUACACUCGUAUCAUUUUGAGAAAGAGUCGACGCCCUUCUGACAUCUAACAGACAAAAUGCCUUGCUUGAUCGCUUUAUAUAAAUAUUGCACUUUUAAUACAUGUACGUUGAUUGUCAUUACCCAUCAUUCAUGAAUUUAUUUUCAGAUUUUUAUCAUAAUCUUGUAUAACAUCUCCUCUUAGCAGUGAUCAAAACAUGAAAUCUUAACCGUAUUCAAUUUGAUGUAUUCCCCUGGUACUAAACGUAUUCUCGAAAUGAAUUGAAUGGUCCAGUAUUCAGAAUUAUAUGAUAUAUAUCUACAUUUACUUCAGAUUCAAGUUAGAUUGUAUUCCGGUUAUGCCUUUUUAUAUGAAGUUCUGAUUUGUAUUUGAUAAUGUUAUGCAUCAUUGUGGCUAAAUAGCACAAUUUUUUAGAGGCUAUCGAGAAUUCAGUAAUUACAAAUAAUUAGCAGUAAAGGCCAAAAUGAAAUGAAAUUGAGGGGGAAAUGCAUUUUCCUACCAUUUUUCCAGAUCGUGAGGUAAUCAAUUCAAUAAUCACAUUGUCAGUUUUACCAUAGGUGUUGAUUCUGAUUCAUAGAGUGUUACAUAGAGUUGCUUGCCAGCUUAAAAGAAUCAGAAAUAUUUUGAUGAGUUUGAAUGCUAGCACCACAUUUUUAAUCGUUUUUAAAUCAAAUUUGUUGAAUGUGGUGCAGCAAAAGUUUUGAAGAAUGUUAACAGUUUCUCAUUUUUUAAGGAAUCUUACAUUGUAAAUUAGAGUUGCAUAUUAUGUUGUAUAUAAUGGAAGUUAGAAGACAUGUUUACAUCUGUUGAUCUUGUUUUGUUGUACUCCAUUUCAGAACAUUUCAUAAUUAAGCAAGUAAAUGCCGUUGAGGCGUGAAACCAAAA